CAGAUACCCGGUAUGGCCUCAUCAUCAACACCUAAAUAUAAUUCAAACUCCUUGGAGGGUUCCUCAAGUAAAAGGACUCUAAAAGAUGGAACUAACUGGGAACAAAAUGAAGAAAUACCUCGUCUGCCAGGAGAGACCAGAGUCACAGACAAGGAGGUUAUUUAUAUGUGUCCAUUUAAUGGCCCCGUUAAAGGAAGAGUGUACAUCACAAACUACAGGCUGUACCUAAGAAGUGUGGAAAACGAUCCAGUUGUGGUAUUGAAUGUUCCACUGGGUGUAAUUUCAAGGAUUGAAAAAAUGGGAGGAGCUUCAAGCAGAGGAGAGAACGCUUAUGGAUUAGACAUAACGUGUAAAGAUAUGAGAAAUUUACGGUUUGCAUUAAAACAAGAAGGGCACAGCAGAAGAGAUAUAUUUGAAGUCCUCACAAAACAUGCUUUUCCCCUGUCACAUAACUUGGGUUUUUUUGCAUUUGCAAACGAAGAAAAGUUUUCUGAAAAUGGAUGGAUGGUGUACAAUCCCAUGUCUGAAUACAGGAGACAAGGGCUGCCUAACGAGCGGUGGCGGGUAACUUUUAUUAAUGAACAUUACGGGCUGUGCGACACGUAUCCGUCACUCUUAGUAGUGCCCUAUAAUGCCACAGAUGAUGAUCUCAAGAAAGUCGCUGCCUUUCGGUCCCGAAAUAGAAUCCCGGUUCUGUCAUGGAUUCAUCCAGAGACUCAAGCUGUUAUUAUGCGCUGCAGCCAACCCCUUGUUGGAAUGAGUGGCAAGCGGAAUAAAGAUGAUGAAAGAUACCUUGAUAUCAUCAGGGAGGCUAAUGGGCAGAUCUCAAAACUGACCAUCUAUGAUGCCAGGCCCAAUGUCAAUGCAGUUGCAAACAAGGCAACUGGAGGAGGAUAUGAAGGUGAAGAUGCAUAUCCCAAUGCAGAACUUUUCUUCUUGGACAUUCAUAAUAUUCAUGUCAUGCGGGAGUCUUUGAAGAAGUUGAAGGACAUAGUUUAUCCUAAUGUGGAAGAAUCACACUGGUUGUCGAGUCUGGAAUCAACCCAUUGGCUAGAACAUAUAAAGCUUGUCUUGACGGGAGCUAUUCAAGUGGCAGACAAGGUGUCCUCGGGCAGGAGCUCGGUGCUGGUUCACUGCAGCGAUGGCUGGGAUCGGACAGCCCAGCUCACGUCGCUGGCCAUGUUGAUGCUGGACAGCUACUACAGAACCAUCGAAGGCUUUGAAGUUCUGGUGCAGAAGGAGUGGAUAAGCUUUGGACACAAAUUUGCGUCGAGAAUAGGCCACGGUGAUAAAAAUCAUGCUGAUGCAGACAGAUCGCCCAUCUUUCUCCAGUUUAUUGAUUGUGUGUGGCAGAUGUCUAAACAGUUUCCUACGGCCUUUGAAUUCAACGAGCAGUUCUUGAUUACCAUCCUGGAUCACUUGUACAGCUGCCGCUUUGGUACUUUCUUGUAUAACAGUGAGUCUCUUAGAGAAAAAGAGAAAGUGACUCAGAAAACAUUAUCAUUAUGGUCUUUGAUAAACAGUGAAAAGUCUAAAUACACCAAUCCUUUUUAUACUAAAGAACUAAAUCGAGCACUCUAUCCAGUAGCCAGUAUGCGUCAUUUAGAGCUCUGGGUCAAUUACUACAUCAGGUGGAACCCAAGAAUUCGGCAGCAACAGCCAAAUCCAGUGGAGCAGCGUUACAUGGAGCUCCUUGCGUUACGUGAUGAUUAUAUAAGGAGACUUGAAGAACUACAGAUCACAAAUAACUCUAAGAUACCCAAUUCAUCGGCCUCAUCAGCAUCUCCCUCACAAAUGAUGUCCCAAGUACAAACACAUUUUUGAAGAAAAUGUUGGCUUCGUUCUACACUGUAAUAGCAAGUGGUGCUUAACAUAGAGCUAGAGCAUAAAGAGGAAUAUUUUAAUGCCUUACGUUAGACUGUCCUAACACAAAUUAUUUCAGACUGUCUUCAUCUGAGGAGGACUUCAAAACAAACAAACUCGACUCUUCAGUUACGUGCCUUUCAGAAGCUGUGGACUGGGAACAUUAUUAAUCGACUUCUAGUUAUGGAGGGCUUUAAGAGGUAUUUUGAAAGUCUGGUACAACUGAGAUUAAAUUGAUUUAUUGUUUUCAUAGAAUGCUUUAAUUUAUUAUAU